AAACCUAGCUUGUAUCUUUACUUACUUCAGAAUAUACGAGAGACAGAGGAAGGCAGGAAACACAGUGUCAGUAGUGUUAUGUGCCUGGUAAAGAUGAAACACUUCUUCAUCCGUAUGUGGAGCUUGGUACACACCGUAAAAAUGGCACGCAUAACCACUAUCAUCUUUUUCUGCUGGUUCACUGCCUCCACCACCUACUAUGGCAUCUCGCUCAACUCUGUUAAUCUCAGCACCAACGAGUACAUUUAUAUGUUCCUGUGUGGGGCAAUGGAGCUACCGUCCUAUUUCUUGCUGUGGCCUGCUGUAUCCUACUGCGGCAGGAGAAAUACUAACAUCCUCCUCUACCUGGUCAGCGCCAUCUCCAUCCUCUUUAUCCCACUCCUGCAGGUCAUUACACCUCAAGAAUUUAUGCACACUCCAGUACCACCAUCAACUACAGCACCAGAACCUCUACCAUCCACCUCAGCCCAGUAGGACCACAACAUAACUCUCCACUCUCUCACAAUCAUCCAC